CUACUGAUGCAACCACUCCCCUACUGUAGGCCAGGGAGACUGUCCUAAGUCAGUGCUUCCUACCUGGGAGGAGGGAUUCUUUGCUGCAACCCUGGAACAGGUGCCAGUGAGACAAGUUUGCCUUAGGACAUAUUGCAGGGGAUGAAAGAUGCACCAUUGUAGAUCAUGCUGAGAUAUUAGGAACUCUCCAACCCAGAGAUGGACUUUGCUCUUUAUUUCACCACCAGGAGAGGAGGCUUUUAGGUUCCUAUUGAUAUCCAGGAAUUCCUCUUGCUAGAACAAUUUCUCCACUUAGGUAAUGAAUGAGGUCAAGUCUAUUGAUUUUAAUCAGGGGAGGCAGGGGCAACCUUCCUGUGAGGAGUUUUUGGUCCCGUGCUCUUGCUUGCAGCCUUGAAGUCCUGGAAGUCCCAGAGUGCAGCAGGGGGCCAUCAGAGGUUAUCUGCUGCCGUUGACCCAGUUAGGAAGUGAAAGGUUAGGAAUCAGUUAUGGAGAUAUAAGAUCCCUGUCCUGAGGCUGGCAAGGUCCGUGCUCACAGUCUUAUGUUAUCAGGCAUUCUUCACUGUCAAGGGGUUGUAAAUAAACCCAUUGCACAACCUUCAGCCCAGAAUGAAAAGCCCUUAGCCCAGAAGCAGCUGGGCUCUGGAGGUGUUUGCCUAUGACCUUUUCUCUCACCACACCCUGGGGCUCUUGGGAGGAGCUGAGGUCUGAGCUGCAGUGCCAGGAUGCUGCCUGUGUCAGUGCGGGCGUUCUGCUGCCUUUCUGGGUCCUAUCACACAGCCUUCUUGCUCAACCAUUGGGUGCAUAGGAUGGAAACUGCUCUCCCCUAUUUGGAAGACAGCACGUGGCUUGGCUUCAUAGAGUUGUGGCUGGAGACUGAAACGGCAGCCGCUUUCUCAGGCUUUCUGUAGCCAGUCUGUUAGAGGAAAGGGAAGCACUCCAUGCCUUACAGGCCCAAGAAGAUGGAAAGACAAGUGGUAGGCGGGAUACUCAGGCGCUUCCGCAACUGGCUGCCUCGACACGGAGCAGGACCUCCCCAGGAUAAUCUGGGGGAAGUUGUAAAGGAACCAGAAAGGGCCCAGGAGCACUGUCUACCCAACUUUGCCGGAGGGCAGCACUUCUUUGAAUACCUCCUCGUGGUUUCUCUCAAAAAAAAGCCUUCGGUGGAUGAUUAUGAGCCCACAAUCACCUACCAGUUCCCCAAGCGAGAGAACUUGCUUCGGGGACAACAGGAGGAGGAGGAGCGGCUUCUCGGAGCCAUCCCCUUGUUUUGCUUCCCAGAUGGGAACGAGUGGGCCCCACUCACUGAGUAUCCCAGGGAGACCUUCUCGUUCGUUCUGACCAACGUGGAUGGCAGCAGGAAGAUUGGAUACUGCAGGCGCCUCUUGCCCGCCGGCCGUGGUCCUCGCCUCCCCAGGGUGUACUGCAUCAUCAGCUGCAUUGGCUGCUUCGGCUUGUUCUCCAAGAUCCUGGAUGAAGUGGAAAAGAGGCAUCAGAUCUCCAUGGCAGUCAUCUACCCAUUCAUGCAGGGCCUCCGAGAGGCAGCCUUCCCUGCUCCUGGGAAGACCGUCACCCUCAAGAGCUUCAUCCCCGACUCAGGCACUGAGUUCAUUUCACUGACGCGGCCCCUGGACUCCCACCUAGAGCACGUGGAUUUUAGUUCUCUGUUGCGCUGUCUCAGUUUUGAGCAGAUUCUUCAGAUCUUUGCCUCUGCAGUGCUGGAGAGAAGAAUCAUCUUCCUGGCAGAAGGUCUCAGCACACUGUCUCAGUGCAUCCAUGCUGCUGCGGCGCUGCUCUACCCCUUCAGCUGGGCCCACACCUACAUCCCUGUUGUCCCCGAGAGCCUUCUGGCCACUGUCUGCUGCCCCACUCCCUUCAUGGUUGGAGUCCAAAUGCGCUUUCGGCAGGAGGUUAUGGAGAGCCCCAUGGAAGAGGUUGGUGAUGAAAAAGACAUCCUACCACCCAAGCUUCAGGAGGACAUCUUAGAAUCUCUUGGUCAGGGGAUCAAGGGGUCACAGACUUCUGAACAAAUCAAUGAGCAUGUUUCAGGCCCUUUUGUGCAGUUCUUUGUCAAGACUGUGGGCCACUAUGCUUCCUACAUCAAGCGGGAAGCAAAUGGGCAAAGCCACUUCCAAGAACGGGCCUUCUAUAAGGCUCUGACCUCCAAGGCCAACCGCCGAUUUGUGAAGAAGUUUGUGAAGACACAGCUCUUUUCCCUUUUCAUCCAGGAAGCUGAGAAGAGCAAGAACCCUCCUGCAGGCUAUUUCCAACAGAAAAUACUUGAAUACGAGGAACGGAAGAAACAGAAGAAACCAAAGGAAAAGACUUUGAAAUAAGAGCUGUGGUGAACAGAAGUGACUAGACCUAUAGGCCAGUUGUGGACUUUGGCCCCUGCCAGCAUGGUAGGAUGUGAAGCUCUCAGCCCCCAGAAUCCACAGCCUUCUUCCGAGUCCUGGUAACCAGGUCUUGCUUCAAGUUGGUGUCUUGAGUUUGGGAUCCCUGGAAUCAGCUUUCUCAAGACUUUGGAAGGCUCUGACCUCUGUGCUCACAGAGCUGGGCACAAAGCUGCCUUUCCUGCAGAGGUGACACCGGGCGGGAAACAGUGGUAGAGGUGUUGUAGAGUCUUAGAAGUUGCUGUAACUGCCCUCUCCCAGGAACCUCUCUUACAAAAUCCUCAACAGAGAAAGCAGUUGUGGCCCAAAGGCUCAGUUUCUCCACAUAAAAGAAGAGGUCUGUGGACAUGUGAGGAUAAGAAUAAAGACGAAAAUCUUCUUGUUCUUU